AUGGGGCAGCAGGUGGGCCGCGUCGGGGAGGCUCCGGGGCUCCAGCAGCCGCAGCCGCGCGGGAUCCGGGGCAGCAGCGCAGCCAGGCCCUCGGGCCGCAGGCGGGACCCGGCGGGGCGUACCGCAGACGCCGGCUUCAAUGUCUUCACUCAGCACGAUCACUUUGCCAGCUGUGUGGAGGAUGGAUUUGAGGGAGACAAGACUGGAGGCAGUAGUCCAGAAGUUUUGCACCGCCCGUUUGGCUGUGAUGCUGAAUCUCAGGCACUGAAUGAAGCUAUCAGGUGGAGCUCCAAGGAGAACCUGCUGGGAGCCACUGAGAGUGACCCUAAUCUCUUUGUUGCACUUUAUGACUUUGUGGCAAGUGGUGAUAACACACUCAGUAUCACCAAAGGUGAGAAGCUUCGAGUCCUUGGUUACAACCAGAAUGGUGAGUGGAGUGAAGUUCGCUCCAAGAAUGGACAGGGUUGGGUGCCAAGCAACUACAUCACUCCAGUGAACAGCCUGGAGAAACACUCCUGGUACCACGGGCCUGUGUCCCGCAGCGCGGCCGAGUAUCUCCUCAGCAGCCUAAUCAAUGGCAGUUUCCUGGUUCGAGAGAGUGAGAGCAGCCCUGGGCAGCUGUCCAUCUCUCUCAGGUAUGAGGGACGUGUGUAUCACUACAGGAUCAAUACCACUGCAGACAGCAAGGUGUACGUGACUGCUGAGAGCCGCUUUAACACCUUGGCGGAGCUUGUUCACCACCACUCCACAGUUGCUGAUGGGCUAGUGACCACGCUACACUACCCAGCACCUAAGUGCAACAAGCCAACCGUCUAUGGUGUGUCUCCUAUCCAUGACAAGUGGGAAAUGGAGCGAACAGAUAUCACCAUGAAGCACAAACUUGGGGGCGGUCAGUAUGGAGAGGUUUAUGUUGGUGUCUGGAAGAAAUACAGCCUCACAGUUGCUGUGAAAACCCUAAAGGAAGAUACCAUGGAGGUAGAGGAGUUUCUGAAGGAAGCUGCAGUGAUGAAGGAAAUCAAGCAUCCUAAUUUAGUACAACUGUUAGGUGUGUGUACCCUGGAGCCGCCGUUUUACAUUGUGACUGAGUACAUGCCAUAUGGGAAUCUGCUUGACUAUCUCCGGGAGUGCAGCCGUGAGGAGGUGACUGCCGUUGUUCUGCUUUACAUGGCCACUCAGAUCUCCUCCGCCAUGGAGUAUUUGGAGAAGAAGAACUUUAUCCAUAGAGAUCUCGCUGCACGGAACUGCCUAGUGGGAGAGAACCAUGUGGUGAAAGUGGCUGACUUUGGUUUAAGUAGACUGAUGACUGGAGACACCUACACUGCCCAUGCUGGAGCCAAAUUCCCUAUUAAAUGGACAGCGCCUGAGAGUCUGGCCUACAAUACCUUCUCAAUUAAAUCUGACGUUUGGGCUUUUGGAGUACUGUUAUGGGAAAUUGCUACGUAUGGAAUGUCACCAUAUCCAGGUAUUGACCUAUCUCAAGUCUAUGACCUACUGGAAAAAGGAUAUCGAAUGGAACAGCCUGAGGGAUGCCCCCCUAAAGUGUAUGAACUUAUGAGAGCAUGCUGGAAGUGGAGCCCGGCUGACAGGCCCUCAUUUGCUGAAACCCAUCAAGCUUUUGAAACAAUGUUCCAUGACUCCAGCAUCUCUGAAGAGGUAGCUGAGGAGCUUGGGAGAACCGCCUCCUCAUCAUCAUCUGUGGUUCCAUACCUGCCUCGAUUACCGCUACUUCCUUCCAAGACGAGGACCCUGAAGAAGCAGGGGGAGAACAAAGAGAACCUAGAUGGGGGCCUUGAUGUCUCCAAGAGCCUGGCCUCCAGCUCAGCACCAGCAGGGUUCAUUAGAAGCACACAGGCCUCCAGUGGGUCCCCAGCUCUGCCUCGAAAGCAAAGAGAUAAGUCACCCAGCAGCCUCUUAGAAGAUGCCAAAGAGACAUGCUUCACUAGGGAUAGGAAGGGAGGCUUCUUCAGCUCCUUCAUGAAAAAGAGAAACGCCCCCACGCCCCCUAAGCGCAGCAGCUCCUUUCGAGAAAUGGAGAAUCAGCCCCACAAGAAAUAUGAACUCACGGGUAACUUCUCACCUGUUGCUUCUCUACAGCAUGCUGAUGGGUUCUCUUUCACUCCCGGCCAGCAAGAGUCGAAUCUGGUGCCAGCCAAGUGCUAUGGGGGGAGCUUUGCACAGAGGAACCUCUGUGGUGAUGAUGACAGUGGUGGGGGUGGGGGCAGUGGCACUGCUGGGGGUGGGUGGUCUGGUAUCACAGGCUUCUUUACACCUCGCUUAAUCAAAAAGACACUGGGCUUGCGAGCAGGUAAACCGGCAGCCAGUGAUGACACUUCCAAGCCUUUUCCAAGGUCAAACUCUACAUCUUCCAUGUCCUCAGGGCUUCCAGAGCAGGAUAGGAUGGCAAUGACCCUUCCCAGGAACUGCCAGAGGUCCAAACUCCAGCUGGAAAGGACAGUGUCCACCUCUUCUCAACCAGAAGAGAAUGUGGACAGGGCUAAUGACAUGCUUCCAAAAAAAUCUGAGGAAGGUGCUGCUCCAGCCAGGGAGAGACCAAAAGCCAAACUAUUGCCCAGAGGAGCCACGGCUCCUCCCCUGAGAGCCCCCGAUCCAGCCGUCACAGAGAGUGACUCUCCAGGGCUAGGGGCGGCUGGAGUGGCAGCUGUCCCCAAAGGCAAGGAAAGGAAUGGUGGGACGCGACUUGGAGUCGCUGGAGUCCCAGAGGAUGGGGAGCAGCCAGGCUGGUCUUCUCCAGCCAAGGCUGUAGCUGUCCUCCCAACCACUCACAACCACAAAGUGCCAGUCCUUAUCUCACCCACUCUGAAACACACUCCAGCUGAUGUGCAGCUCAUUGGCACAGACUCUCAGGGGAACAAAUUCAAGCUCUUAUCUGAGCAUCAGGUCACAUCCUCUGGAGACAAGGACCGACCCCGACGGGUAAAACCAAAGUGUGCCCCACCCCCACCACCAGUAAUGAGACUACUACAGCAUCCGUCCACAUGCUCAGAACCCGAGGAAGAGCCAACUGCCCCACCUGCAGGACAGCACACUCCAGAAACCCAGGAGGGAGGAAAAAAGGCAGCUCCAGGCCCAGUGCCCAGUAGUGGGAAACCUGGGAGGCCAGUCAUGCCUCCACCUCAAGUGCCUUUGCCCACAUCUUCCAUCUCACCAGCCAAAAUGGCCAAUGGCACAGCAGGUACUAAGGUGGCCCUGAGAAAAACCAAACAGGCAGCUGAGAAAAUCUCAGCUGACAAAAUCAGCAAAGAGGCCCUGCUGGAGUGUGCCGACCUACUGUCCAAUGCAAUCACGGAACCUGUGCCCAAUAGCCAACUGGUAGACACUGGGCACCAGCUGCUCGACUACUGCUCAGGGUAUGUGGACUGCAUCCCUCAGACUCGCAACAAAUUUGCCUUCCGAGAGGCUGUGAGCAAACUGGAACUUAGCUUACAGGAGCUGCAGGUAUCUUCCACAGCUGCUGGUGUGCCUGGGACAAACCCUGUCCUUAAUAACUUAUUGUCAUGUGUACAGGAAAUUAGCGAUGUGGUGCAGAGGUAGCCAUUGUCAGCCUAGUGGGGAAAUGCACACAUUCUGAGGGGAGAGGGAAAGGGACUCGUUUUCCUGUGUUCUCGUUCUCAAACAGUGAAAGACUGAUACUUGAGUGUGUUUAUGUGAAGUACCUCAGAUCCCUGAGUUCUCACGUUUACAGGUUCAUCUCAAAACAGCAGAAAGGAAAUCACAUAAGUAGAUAAAAAGUCAGUUUGGAGGAGCAGGGCAAUGUGGACAGAGUUGGAAACUGCACCGGAAAAUAAGGGAGCAUCAUGUAUAUGUCAUAGAAACGCCCAGCCGUCCCUCCCUGUCUGGUGUGGCCUGAGGUCUCCAUUGGGCUGCUCUCAGUUGUGCUGUACCACGAAACAGGCCUUGACCUGGCAGGUCCUGGGGGCUAUCACGUUUCAGUUCACUCUGCAGAUCUGGGUAACAUGAGAAAGCAAUGUGAAGGAUGUAGCAGGAGGUG